AUGAAGGCUAGUGAGGAGGAAAGCUCAAAAGCCAAAGAACUGUUGCAAACAGAAAUUUCGAAUGCAUCUCAGCGAAUCUCUCAACUCGAGGGCGAUUCAAAUUUGGUCCUCGCUUUGCUCGAUGGCGACGGGUACAUUUUCACUAAAGAGCUUUUGUCUCAAGGAGAAUCUGGUGGAAGGGAAGCUGCUUCGAGGCUCAGUACCGGAAUUCUCCAUCAUCUUCGUGAACAACCCAAUUUCCCAUCAAACCCUAUUCUAUGGACCAUGAUAUUCCUGUCCAAGGAUCGUCUGGAGCACGUACUUUCCAAAUCCGACACCUGUAAUCCACAUCAAUUUAAGCACUUCAUCAAGGGUUUUUCUCAAGCGCACCCGCUAUUUUCAUUUGUAGAAGUCGGACUCUCCAAGGAAGCAGCGGACUAUAAAAUAAAAGGAAAGCUUACAAGCCAGUUGAGGCAAUCAACUGACAAUCAAGUAGAUCACAUGAACAAAUUUAUUGGAAUACACAAGGUUUACAAGGUCGUCGUUGGAGUCGACCAUGACAACGGUUAUAGUGCAGCCAUAGCUGCAGAACUCACUGCUGGCUUCAAAGAGAAGUUGAUUCUCCUGAGAGCUCAUAACGUCGUUGCCCGCGACAUUUCGUCCCUUACUCUCACUACAUUCAGCAUCGAUGGUCUCUUUAUGCCUGACAAAAUUACCAUUUGUGACACGUCCUCGCCACGUAUUGUUGACAACUAUAACCAGAAUAGCCUGGGUCUAGUCCCCGAAAGUUUACCCUCCCGACUCGCUGCACACAAUAAUCCUGGCAAUGGUUCUUCGACAACUUCGAGUCCACGAACGAGAGAGGCGAAAUUACCUAAACUUGAUCCACCAGCAUGCAAUCUGUUCUAUAUAACUGGAAAAUGCAAUAACAUUGAGAAAUGCAAAUUUGGUCAUUACUACCAACUUUCGGAUGCGCAGAUCAAGCAGCUCGCUACUGGGGCCAAAAAGCAACCGUGCAAAUACAUGAAUGAAGGCAAGUAG